AGAAAAGAAAUAUUAACACGACUUGUUAGCCAAUUAUAUAUAUAUAUAUAUAUAUUAAUACUCACAAAAGCAUUCAAACUCCAGAUCCAUUUUCGAGUUCUAAAGUUUUUUUUUAAAGAUGAGAAUGUUUGCGGUUGUUCUCACCAUCGCCAUCGCCCUCAUAGCUGUGGCAUACGGAUAUUCAUCGGCUUCAACCCCUAAAUAUAAAUUCCCACAUUACAAAUACAAGGCUCCGCCCCCUCCGACCAGCUUUUCUCCUUACCGUUACUUCUCUCCGCCACCGCCGCCACCGGUAACUGACGGAUCUGCAACCUAUGACCGGUGAACUGAUGAUCGAUUUCCGGUUGACGGUGUUUUGAGGAAAAGCUCACUAUGAUGAUGGGGUGUUUGUAGAAAAAAAAAUGUAAUUAAAUUCAUAUUAUAUGAUAUGACAUGAACAUCCCACAAAAUGUAAGUGGUUUCUAAUAUUUUCUCUUUGUAGUGUUUGUUUUUUGUAUUCAUUGUAAGAAAAUUAUAACCGUUAUAUCUUA